CGAAGAUCACUUUAAUACUAUUUUAAACGUGCCUUUAGGGUAGUGUGCAGGUUCCGGAUUCGGCACCGAUCGUUAUCCACCGCGUUUGCGCACUUCGUCCGACCCAAAAAACGAUCGAUUCCCCGAAUCCUCCCACCGAUCCACACAACAGUCGCUAUACACCACGUCGCACACCACCCCAUGCGAGUACAGCGCUCUUCCCGCAACUGUAAUCGAAACCCACAGGAGUGAGAGUGACAGCUAUAGGGGUGCAUGGUCGAAAUGUAAGCGGUGGGGAGGGGUUGAAUGAUUGUGGUAACACUGUUGAAUAAAGGUGGCGAGAGAAAGACGCGGGGGACAUCUCGGGAUCGGUGGCACUUAUUCGAGUCCACCAAUUUGGAACAUUCCCCAGACAAAGCCGGUAGUACUUUGGAUUUUCGCGCGCGCGUUCCCGUYGUCUUAUAAUUCAGGUAUCGAUUAGAUUUUAAACCGUCUAAAUAAUAUUUACCAACCAUGAUGAUGCAAUACUCGGAAAUCUGCAUGUAUUACUUGCGAGGCGUUUGCCGGUUCGGCAGCAGGUGUUGGAACUCUCAUGACUUGAACCACCGAUCGCCGAAGACUCAAGCACUUGCAGCAGCUGCAACGGAAUCUUAUUACGAAGAAAGUCAUUCAAUUACAUCUCCAGAAACUAAUACCAGUACAAGUACUAGUUCAACAACUAGUACCAGUACCAGUGCCAGUGCCAGUGCCAGUAUCAAUACCAGUGCCAGUACCAGUGCUAGUACUAGUGGCAAAUCUACUCCAGUACAAGCACAAGGACUUCAACUUCUUCUUGAAGCAUCCAUGAAACCAAUAUUAAAACAGUCCGACGAUUCUGAAAUGGAAAUAGAAAAGGUGGCGACCGAUCUUUCAGUGGCAAUGAAAAAAGGAAACGGCAAAAGCGUUAAAAAGGCUGCAAGUAAAUUACAUGCACUUCAUAAAAAAAAGAAGAAAGGAAGUACUGAAAAUGAUAAUUCUCCAUGGAAUAAUAUUAUACGGUGUGCUAUUGACAAUGACUUACAGUGCAAUAUCUGUUUUGAAAUCUUUAUUAAGCCAACAGUACUUAACUGUUCACACACAUUUUGCGAAUCAUGCAUCCACGUUUGGACAAAGCGUGUCAAAAAAUGUCCAAUUUGUCGUGUGCAUAUUAAAUCAAAAUCAUAUUGUUUGACUUUGGAUACCUUCAUAGAAAAGAUUGUUGAACAAUUGCCGAAAGAAAUUAAACAUAAGCGUGGGCUUGCCAUAAAAGACCGCAGCAAGAUGAAAAUCGAUAAACCACGAUCGAGCAAUAGAUUUAAUGGCAUAGAUCUCGCCGCAUUAUUGAGUUUGGAAGAGCUAAUCGAGGCUGACUCGCCAUUGCAAUUCCUCGAGUCGGACGAAGAGGACGAAGAGGAUGAUGAUAUCGAUGAAGACAUGAUUGUUGAGGAAUCAGAAAUGUUCAGAAUGAAUUUACAUGAUACUGUUGUAAGCACUAGAGGUGUAAACCCUUUAAUGAGUUACGUUGUUGGUGCCGAGGAAGAAACCUCAAAUGAAUCCAUGACUCAACCACGUAACUCUUCUGCUCCUUAAUAAAUUAAGUCAUUCCAUCUUUUCAUAAUGAUUUUAUUUUAUUAUUAGAUAUUAUUUAACCAGUGAUCAUUAUCAUGCUGGUUUUUAAAUUAGUUAUUAUUAUUUUUUUUAGUUUUAUUAAAACAUUUACGAUUAUAAUGAACUAUAGUUAGGUAGGUAAACCUUCUCCUUUCCCUAUAUUAAUAAAUUAUUAUAAAAUCUAACCAGUGGUAUAUACAUAUGUUUUGUAAUGACGGGAUCGUUGAUAAAAACCUAAGAAAAACCAAUGUUUAUAAACAGUUAUGUUAUAUUGUUAGAUAUAAGGUUCCUAUUUACCUAACCUAUCAUAUAUAAAUAUGUAUUAAUUGAUUUUUGAGUUUAUUAAGCAAACAAUUAGAUAUCUAUAUAACAUAGUAUUAUAACACACUACAAUAAUAAUCUCAUAAAAUAAUUAAUAAUAAAAAGUUUGUCGCUUAGGUAGCUACAUAUUUAAUACAUAUAUGACUCAUGUAACGCUAUAAUAGAAUUAUCAUAAUAACGUCUUCAUAGUGAUAAUCUCUUAUUUGCAUUUUACAAUAUCAUGAUAAUAGUGUUUUUCUAUUAUCCUUUGGACCCAACUCUUAAUUUUAAUAAAGUCAACAUGAUUAUAGAUAAUUUGUCAAUUUCCAAUAUGUAUUUAUAGUUGGGCUGGUGGCAUGGCGUGUAUAGGGUAGGGUUUUCUUUUUUUUUUGGGUGGGGGAGAGGUUCUAACCUCUCCAUAAUGAAUGGUUUAUAUCUAAAAUUAUUUUAAAAAAGUUGGUUUAUAUAAUGUUGAUUAGAUAAUUAUUUUUAACCGCUCUUAGAAAUUGGUUUAUCUAGAGGCUGGUGGUAUUUAAAAUGUUUAUGCCGAUAUUUGGUAUUUGUUUACUACUAUUAUCUACGGUAUUUCCGGUUAUUCGAUAUUUGUAUAUUAUAUUAUAAUAAUGUAAUAAUAAUUAUACUGUUUCAAUCGCACAUUAAUUGGAUACUCUUUAAGGGAUUAUUGCAUUUAUAUUUAGGAAACUUAUAUUUAUAGCGUUCUAUAUACUAAAAUAAUUUUAUGUCAAAGUGAAUAAAUGAAAUUUUAAGUUAGGCAGGUACCUACUCCAAAGUAAGAUACCUACUUGAAUAAUUUUUCGUAAAACUGACUUCACAUAGUUAAUUAUAUAAUUAUUUUUAAUUAUUUUUUGAUGUUUUUUUAAUAUAUGAUACCAAAAUAAUAUAA